CAACCUAUGCGGCUGCAGUGGGUCCCGCACUUUCAUAGGCCCCUUGUGUAAAUUAUUAAAUUAAACCCUUAUAACGGGGUUCCCGAUGCCUCCCAAUUUUCAAGGAGCUCCUGGAAAACUCAUGAAAUUAUUAAAAUCUCCUGAGAAACCAUAAAAAAGUCUUAUCACGGUUAAAGGUAUCGCAGUUAAAGAGCUUGACUGUCACUGUUUAACCACCAGCCAGCCUUUCAAUAGCACUACGUCGCCCAUACAAUCACUGACACAUGCAUAAACACAAGUUAUUGAUUGUUUGGACUGUCACCUAAUUAAUCGACUUGCAACAUUCAAUGCAGUAAGCAGGAGAGCCGUGAUGCGGUAAUGAAGUCUAAUAGUGACCUCAUAGAUAGCUUUUAGGAAACUUAAGACUUUACACAUCGAUUCGGCAUCGAAAAUAGUGGGUGACAUUAUCCAUUGCCGACUAGUGGUUCUAACCCUUUGUUCUAAUCAGGGUGGGCCUGCAUCUUAAAUCCAAGUUUUCAUCAAAGUGUGAACAAAAUAAAAAAUAAAAGCUUAUAUAAAACUUAAGAGUUAUUCAUUUUAAUUUUUUUGUUUCUCAUUAUUACGUCUAUGUUUUGCGUUUCUCUUAGGGAAUCAUUACUUCGAUUUUUUUGAGAAUCCCUGACUGUUUAUAGAGUAUUGCCCUGUAGUUGGGGGAACUAGAUUUAGUGCUGCUAGAUAUUCAAGAAAUGAGUCAACCGAAGUGAUCGAGACUUGUUCUGUCGCAAUCCAUAUAUCCGUCGGUUCAGUCAGUCUUGUGUUUGUUCAACAAAAGGUUAUUAAUUCAGUGAGUUAAUUAACUAUAUGGCUUCAUUAGUAAUCAACAAUGUUUAAACACGUUAAGAAUACUGUUACAACGGGGACUCCUACCUGGUCUGUACGAACACCGUACACUUCUUUGACUGGCAUCAACAGUGAGGUCCAGCCAGCAGCACAGGCUAGGAACAGUUUGAUCAAAAGGAAAAUUUCGGAUACGUUGAAUACAGUUGAGUCGAUUCACAAAAAAGAUCUUCAGUCAAUGGCUUUUCGAAGAAAAUCUGUGGAAAAUUCCAUGAUGGCUUACUCUGAAAAAGUGAAAUCUCUCAACCAGCAGCGCUCGCCACACAUGCAAAUUAUUGAGAAACGACAUUCUGUAGCCAAACUUAGUGACGAAUCAGAUGAACAGCUUGUGAGAAAAUUCUCCACGUCCGGGACAAGAGAGGAGCUCUUUGGCAGAAAUGCCAUUCUCCCGCCAAUAAACAUCGCCCGAAGAGACAAUGAGCUGGAGAGAAUUAAACUUUCCAUCUCCGACAGUCUGGAUAGUAAAGUGCGCGAUUCUCACAAUUUGUCAGAUGGUUCAAGGCUGAACCAUCGUAGCAGACGAUUCGGGGUGUACGAAAAACCGGAAAAGAUAGAUGAAGAUAAAGAGAAUUCUUUUACCCAGGAGCAAAAUGUUUCGAUAGCUCCGUUCCCAGAACGAAGUAAGAGCUUUCUGCGCAGCGUGGCUGCCACAGACUUUGACGGUGAGUAUGUCCACAGAGAGACACCUGCUCCAUUUAUUAAACCUGGAUAUUGGAGCUACCGGCUGCAUGCGCAGCAUCCAAAGAAACAACUACCGAUGCUAACCACAGAGAACAAACGCUCACAUGGGCGUCGGUCCAAGAGGGGCUCUCGACCUAUCGUGAAAUUUCCCGAAAAGCCAUACCAUCAGAUUUUCACGUAUUCUUCAGCCAUCCAGACAGCCAUCUUCGGCCUGGAGGGCUCCAGCCUGGUGAUAGACAAGAAGAAAAACAUAUUUCACAGUAAGGCUGACCUGGAAUCUAUUGACAUUAACGAAGUUCGGAUGGCACAUACUUUAAGGUCAAUACAGGAGUGCAUAGAGCCUGAGCCUGUGCAAGUUUAAACAAAUAGUUCUUCACAUGGAAAUAGUUCUGCUUCUCAAUGACAUAUGCAAAAUGAUGGAAAGAUCAGUUACGUCUGAUUAGAAUUUUAUCAAAAAACAUUAAUUUUGGUAUUAUGGCUAAGCCUGCCCUUAUGAAAAUGUUUUUCAGUGUUAAGAUCAAGUCUUUAUAUUUGAAAAAAAAACUUACUUUGGUGUCAUGAGCAUGUUACGAUAUCUUGGAUAUUCACUUACCUCUUCCUGCGAGGUACAGUAUCAUGGCUAAAAAAGAGAAGCAGAGUGUUCGGGGAUUGGGAUGGAAUUACAUAUUAGACAUACAUAUUACCCACUCAGUGAGUGUCGCAGAAAAGCGGAGGGAAUAAAGUUUUCGAUUUAACAUUUUUUAGCUGUGCUCAGAAUAACGAAUAUUACCAAAGAUUUGGCACACAUACUUACUCCAAGAUACCAGGAUCUAACUGGGGGAUCCUUUAGUUGCCCAUGUUGCAAAUGGACACUGUUUGGAAAAGUAAGGGUCAUUAUGCUGGACAUCUAACAACCUGCUCAAAUAACAACCACAAUUUUAACAUCAGUUCAUCAUAAAUAAAAUAAAAACUUUGACGAAGUCAGCUAUGUUGACUAAUUAAGACAACGGAAACUCUUUCGGCAUUAACUGUUAAGCGUAUAUUGAUUGACAUGUCUUCUCUUUAUAUAAACAAAUUAACGAUUGAAUUACUCGAUAACCAAACUAUUCAUUUAUUCAGAGUAUAAAAAUAUAGAUCUACAAGCCAAUUAGGUGAUAAAGUUCCACCCAAAGAUUUAGCCUUUUUCAAUUUUCAAUCUUUAAAAAAACAUAGAUGUAAAAAUUUACAUAGAUUCAUGUAUUACCAUUCAAUCAAACGAUGUAACUUCACACAGCCUAAUCUAUUUGUCUAUUAACAAGAAGCUAAGUGUUCAAGGCUUUGCACUUCAAUCAGUAGUCCAUUGAGGUGUCAAUCUUUAUAUAAAUCAGUCCAAUCUAAAUCCUUUCCUAAAUUCACCUCAGCAUUUAUGUUACAUGUUCUAUGUGUGACCAUACUGAAGACUUAUAAAAAUAUUUAUUUUUGUUUUACCCAUUUCAUAGUUAAAGAAUGCCCAAGGUGAUUAGAGAGCUCUCUCGUUGUGACUUCGAUGACAAUAUGAGCACUCAAUCAGUGCUUUGGUCAGCGAUUUCUGAGCGUUAAGAUUGUCAUUUGUUUUCUUGUAGUUCCGCUAUCUUUCCCCUGACAGUUCUUAUGAACCUGGCGUACUAUGUCAAUUGUUCUCUAAAUGCCAGUUGCACAUGUCAUUUAGAUCUGCACAACUUUGUUUGGAAUGCCAAAAAUGAUGUCACCUACGGCUUCCAUCUCUUCCCACUUUCUUUAUGUAUAUAAUUUGUAUGCAAUCAUGACUCCUACUUUCUCUUGUAGCUAAUAUACAAACUAUGUCUUUACAAUCAGUUUGUGGAUCUGAUCCCAAAGUUACAACAUACCCACCCAAAUGAUAAUGACUUCAUCUAAAUCUCCUCGGCUAGUCACGUUAAGAUUCAUCUGUUCAAAUCUUAGGAUAUAUUUAUGUAACAACUCAUUGUCUAACUAAAGUAUACAAUCUAGGCUAUAAUUAUAUAUCUGUUUUCAGCUGGUUAAACGAUAUGUUAGACUGUCAAUCAUCGUCCAUAGCUGCUAAAAAUAAAAAAAAAGCUAAUUAAAAUAAUUUUUAUGCUGGUAAAGAGAACAUAAUAAUCAUGAACAUAAUAAUCAUGAACAUAAUAAUCAUUUAAAUCAAAUAUUUCGAAGAUUUUUUUCUUAUCAUAGACCAAAAAAAAAAGCCUGGUCAUAUACCCUGAGAAGUGGAAGCCCUUCUAAAGACAACUGUCCCCCCCCCCCCCUUCUUCCUCAAUUAAGACAAACCGCUGUUCAGGGGCGGCCUUAGCAGUGCGCGGGGCCCUGAGCGAGGUCAUAUGCGGGGCCCUAUAUAUAUCGUACCACAACACGCUAACGGGCUAGUGCGCCUCUAACGCUGUCUGCGAAAAUGUUGAUUCGUCUAUACUUUCAUAGUAAUUGGUAUCAUAUCAAAUCAUAUCGUAUCAAGUAUCCUAGUUUAUGAGAACUAAUCUGGUUUUCGAAGCUGACGAUGACAAUGGAAUCUCAGAUCGCGGAGUCCCUCUCUGGCGCGGGGCCUGGCGCGGUUGCCCCACUUGACACCCCCUAAGGCCGCUACUGCCGCUGUUUCCAAAUAUUGUUGCUCGGGGUUCUUCUUGCUGCUAGCAAAAACACUCACACGGACUUUGUCAUUAAUAUUUCUUUAAUAACUUUCGGGUUUCUUCUUUUUAAAGAAAUGGUCAGAGAGCACAAAGUUCAAUGUCAAUGUUUCAACAUGAAAACAAGCAGGUCACGUGUUUCUAAAGUGAAAUGUAAGAAAGAAACAAAGACAAGUGCUUGAAAAAAAAAGCAAUUUGAAAUUGUGUUGACGUGUUAGUGGGAGACAUUCAUUGGUUUAGAGUUGUGUCAAAGGUCAACUUGCUGGAAAUGACGUAGGCUGGCUACUGACAGGGAGGUCGUUAAUCUGUUUGUUUACCCGAGUAACGAUUGAAAGCGUCUGUUAGGAUUACAGUUAGUUGGCAAUCAUGAAUAGGGUUACCUUUGUUUGAACUCGUCAUUUUCAGCUCUACUACAGAAGUCUGCUAGAAAGAAGUCUGUUAGAAAGAAGUCUGUUAGAAAGAAGUCUGAUAGACAGAAGUCUGUUAGAAAGAAGUCUGCUAGAAAGAAGUCUGUUAGAAAGAAGUCUGCUAGAAAGAAGUCUGUUUGAAAGAAGUCUGCUAGAAAGAAGUCUGCUAGAAAGAAGUCUGCUAGAAAGAAGUCUGUUAGAAAGAAGUCUGUUUGAAAGAAGUCUGAUAGACAGAAGUCUGCUAGAAAGAAGUCUGUUAGAAAGAAGUCUGUUAGAAAGAAGUCUGUUUGAAAGAAGUCUGCUAGAAAGAAGUCUGCUAGAAAGAAGUCUGCUAGAAAGAAGUCUGCUAGAAAGAAGUCUGCUAGAAAGAAGUCUGUUAGAAAGAAGUCUGUUUGAAAGAAGUCUGAUAGAUAGAAGUCUGCUAGAAAGAAGUCUGUUAGAAAGAAGUCUGUUUGAAAGAAGUCUGAUAGACAGAAGUCUGCUAGAAAGAAGUCUGCUAGAAAGAAGUCUGUUAGAAAGAAGUCUGUUUGAAAGAAGUCUGAUAGAUAGAAGUCUGCUAGAAAGAAGUCUGCUAGAAAGAAGUCUGUUUGAAAGAAGUCUGAUAGAUAGAAGUCUGUUAGAAAGAAGUCUGUUAGAAAGAAGUCUGAUAGAUAGAAGUCUGUUAGAAAGAAGUCUGUUAGAAAGAAGUCUGUUAGAAAGAAGUCUGCUAGAAAGGUUUUACACGUGUGUAUGUGUGAGUAUAUGUUGGAGACUUUUGUGACCUUCAACGUCACAGACAAAGUACUUCUAAAAAGGGGGGGGGGGGGAGGCAGCCAUGACGAAAAUCCUUUGUAACCAUCCUACACAUUUUUGUGGCCCUGAAAUGACAUUCACUCAGGGCCCCGCGCACUGCUUAUCCGACUUUACUCACUCUCUCUCUCUCUCUCUCUCUCUCUCUCUCUCUCUCUCUCUCUCUCUUCCCUCGUAACUUCCUAUUGUUUAAAAGUAUAUUUUUCAGAUAAAGUGAUGUACAUUGUAUUGUUUACCAUUAUAAUUGUAAAAAUUGUUAAUAAAGUGCUUUUUAUA